AUGACUUUAGAAGAUCCUUUUUACGUCGUCAAAGAUGAGGUGUUCAAAGCAUUGAACAAGACUCGCGGCUUGUAUUUACGGUGGCAGGAAAUAUCAAACUCUCCAACUAUCCCUAAUAGCCCAGAAGUAGAAUGGACCUCUACGGAAUUAAGGAACGCACUCCGUAGUAUUGAAUGGGAUUUAGAAGAUUUGGAAGAUACAAUAAAUAUCCUUUUUUAUAAUAAUUGUAUAAUUUUUAAGAUCGACAAUAAAGAAAUUUGCGAUAGAAGAACUUUCAUUGAAGCUACUAAACAAGAAGUUAAGGUAAUGAAAGGCAAGAUGAGUUUGAAUAGAAAUCGCGAUAAUGAUGGAACUGCACGCGAGCCUCUUCUCGGCGAACAAAGUCCUAUGCAUUUCGGUAAUUCAUGGACAUCCACACCGAAGUAUUCUAAGUAUUCUAAGUUGGCAAAUCAGACGGACAGUCCUAACAGAUUUGACAUGUAUGACAAUGAUAUCAUGUCGAUGCAAGAGAAAAUGUUGAUGAAUCAGGACGAUCAGUUGCACGUGAUCAGUAAUUCCGUGGGAUCACUGAAAACUGUUUCUAAGCAAAUCGGCAUCGAACUAGACGAGCAAGCUGUGAUGCUGGAUGACUUGAAUACGGAACUGGAAAAUGCAGAUUCCAAGUUGGACUCGACGAUAAAGAAAGUUGCAAAAGUUCUUCACAUGAAUAAUGAUCGACGACAGUGGCUUGCCAUCGGGAUACUACUGGGUCUGUUAAUGAUAAUAUUGAUAUUGUUCAUUAUAAUCUGA